AAACUCGCACCCCAUUGUAUAAGCAUUUGCGAGCGCGUGGUGCAUUUCAGUUGACCUCCGUCAUCUCUAGCGUGAAGGCUGCAUUCCUUACUGGAGUGCGCUUCUGCUGAGCUGUCAAGUGUGCUUCCUAUUUUCGAAUCUCUUUCCUCUCUCUGGAAAGCGGAAACGCAUCUUCCACGGAGAGAAUUUGAUCUGGUUGGAGCCGGAUUAAAGGAUACUGGAAAGUAAAUUCUGAAGCACUCCUUAAACGCACAAAGAUGACGGUUACACCCAAUAUCUCUGUCAACGACGGGAACCUUGUGAUUCAUGGGAAAACCAUAAUCACAGGGGUUCCUGAAAACAUUGUGGUUACCCCAGGAUCUGGUCUAGGACUCGUCGCCGGUGCUUUCAUUGGUGCCACAGCUUCCCAUAGCAAAAGUCUCCAUGUCUUCCCAGUUGGUGUCUUGGAGGAUGUGCGCUUCAUGUGCUUAUUUCGUUUCAAGCUCUGGUGGAUGACCCAGAGAAUGGGAACAUGUGGGAAAGAUAUUCCACUGGAGACUCAGUUCAUGCUCAUCGAGAGCAAGGACGCUAGUGAAGGUGAAGAUGCCCCGACUAUCUAUACUGUUCUUCUGCCUAUCCUUGAAGGGCCAUUCCGUGCAGCACUUCAAGGCAAUGACAAGAGUGAGCUGGAGAUCUGCCUCGAGAGUGGAGACAAUGCAGUUGAGACAGACCAAGGACUUCACCUAGUUUACAUGCACGCUGGGCUCAAUCCUUUUGAAGUCAUCGAUCAGGCUGUCAAAGCUGUUGAGAAACAUAUGCAAACAUUUCAUCACCGAGAGAAGAAAAAGUUGCCUGCUUUCCUUGACUGGUUUGGAUGGUGCACGUGGGAUGCAUUUUAUACUGAUGUCACUGCUGAGGGUGUUGAAGAAGGACUCAAGAGCUUGUCUAAAGGAGGUACACCACCACGCUUCCUAAUCAUUGAUGAUGGUUGGCAACAGAUUGGCAACGAGGCAAAGAAUGAUCCAAAUUGUGUUGUACAAGAAGGAGCCCAGUUUGCGAACCGACUAACAGGAAUUAAAGAGAACGCUAAGUUUAAAAAAAAUGGAAAGAUCGAAGAACAAGACUCAGGUCUGAAGCAUGUUGUGAAAGAUGCCAAGGAACAGCAUAAUGUCAAAUUCGUGUACGUGUGGCAUGCUCUAGCGGGUUACUGGGGUGGAGUGCAGCCUGCAGGUCCCGGGAUGGAACACUACGACACUGCUUUGGCAUAUCCUGUGCAGUCUCCUGGUGUAACAGGGAACCAACCAGACAUUGUCAUGGAUAGUCUUGCUGUGCAUGGAUUGGGCCUUGUGCCUCCAAAGAAAGUGUUCAAUUUCUACAAUGAGCUUCAUGCGUAUUUGGCUUCCUGUGGAGUAGAUGGAGUUAAAGUUGAUGUCCAGAACAUCAUUGAGACUCUUGGAGCUGGCCAUGGCGGCAGAGUUUCUCUCACUCGUAGCUACCAUCAGGCCCUCGAAGCUUCCAUUGCUCGCAACUUUGCUGAUAACGGAUGCAUCUCUUGCAUGUGCCACAACACUGACGGAAUCUACAGCGCCAGACAGACUGCUGUGGUCAGAGCUUCUGACGAUUACUACCCUCGUGAUCCUGCUUCCCACACCAUCCACAUUUCUUCAGUAGCUUAUAACACCGUUUUCUUAGGAGAAUUUAUGCAGCCUGAUUGGGAUAUGUUUCAUAGCCUGCACCCUGCUGCUGACUAUCAUGCUGCAGCUAGAGCUAUAGGAGGAUGCUCAAUUUAUGUGAGUGACAAGCCCGGUAACCACAACUUCGAGCUCUUGAAGAAGUUGGUUCUUCCUGACGGGUCAGUUCUUCGCGCACGGCUUCCUGGACGACCUACAAUCGACUGCCUCUUUGUUGAUCCAGCCAGAGACGGAACAAGCUUGCUCAAAAUCUGGAAUGCAAACAAGUGUUCAGGAGUAGUUGGCGUCUUCAACUGCCAAGGUGCAGGCUGGUGCAAGAUAGAGAAGAAGACACGCAUCCAUGAUGCCUCCCCCGGCACGCUCACUGGCUCCGUUCAAGCUAUAGACGUUAAUAACAUUGCCCAACUUGCUGGACCAGAUUGGAAUGGUGAUGCCAUUGCCUACGCGCACAGAUCUGGCGAGUUAGUCCGCCUGCCUAAAGGCGCGUCCCUCCCUGUCACGCUCAAGGUUCUCGAGUAUGAACUCUACCAUAUCUGCCCUCUCAAGAAGAUCACAGCAGACAUUUCCUUCGCGCCAAUCGGCCUACUCGACAUGUUCAACAGUGGUGGUGCUGUGGAGCAGUGCGACAACAUCUCUGAUAGCAGCAGCGUUACACUCAAAGUCAGGGGAUGCGGCCGCUUUGGCGCCUACUCUUCUCAGAGGCCAUUGAAGUGCACUGUGGGCGGCACUGAGACUGAUUUCGACUAUGAAUCUGCCACGGGGCUGGUGAGUCUCUCCAUUCCCUUGCCAGAAGAGGAAAUGUACAGAUGGACUAUUGAGAUCAAAUUCUGAGACAAAGGAGUAGUCUUCUUCCUAUAGGAAUAAGUGCAAUGUGCUUGUUGUUGUAUCAUUUAUCCCAAUAAUAUAUAUAUGUAUCUUUGUUCUGUAA